AUGAGCGUCGACCCUCUUCUCCCAGCCAGCGAAGAGAGGCAGGAGCUGGAGCGUCUGCUCAAGGAGAACAGGAAGCUUCGUGAGGCCAACGCCUUGCUGCGUGUUUCGGCGGAUACGAAGAGAGCCAGCGCUAAUAACGGCAGUGCAAAGAAUGCCUCCGCGACGGCCGAAGAGGUGAAGGAUAAUACCGGUCCUUCAGACGAGUCGGUAGACGUUAAUGCGUCGUCCAAAGCGGCGAACGUGAAAAGAUUGAAGGAGGACUUGCAGCACUGUAGGAAGGAAUUGGAGCAGGCCCUGCACGAACAAAAGGAAGCUAAGGAAGAGUAUAAGCAGCUAAAGUCCAUAUUUGAGUCGUUUGUGGUGGAGUCAUGUGAGCGGGAAGAAGCCUGCAAGCUGCUCUUUGCCAGGGUCUAUGAGGAGGUUGAGGAGCAGAAAAAACUUUGCGAGGGGUUGCAACGGCAGUUGCAGGAGCGUCGACCGGCUGUCGUCGCACCGCAGGUAGCCACGCCUGCUGCUGCGGUUGUUGGCAUGGAUCCUUCUUCGCUCUAUGAUCUUGUUGACAACCUUCGCUCCUCACUUAGCGAGUUGGAGCAUCGCUUGGGGUACAGCGGGGAUGCUGGCAGUCGUCACACCGCACCGGCUGCCGGUGUUGCUGCAUCACGCGUAGCAAGAGAGAAAGCAAGGUCAACUGUGGUGGUUGGCACGACGCUAAGGGGAGACACACACCGCCAGACGCAGGAGGUGCUUGGCCAUCAUCAUUCGCAGGAGGCCGAAAGUGCGGUGCGACUGGUGGUGCCGGCGAAAGGCGCAGGGGCACUGCGUGCCACUGCAAUGCCAGGAUCACAAAGCACAACGACGGAGCGUAAGAAGCGUGGACGAAAGAAGCUGAGCGAAAUAGAGACGGUGAAACGGCACGCAGGUGAGUUUGUAUCGGAAGCCAGUGCCGCGUCACUCUUUAAGGGUUUUACGCCCGUCAUGGCGAAGCAAAAGGGUCUGGUGGUGAAUUUUGGCCAGGAACCCAUAGCUGACUAUUUGGGUCUUUUAGAGAAAACAGACUUGGGUAACGUUGAUGUACUUCGGCGUGAACUGAUGAAUUUCUGUGGCACAGAUGUGAAUACUCUCGCAUCGUACGCAGUCGAGCAUUUCCUUAGCAAGUCUUUGCUAAAGGCUCCAUUAGUAACCCUUUGGAAAAACACGGAGCGGGUGAUGCACAUUGGUAAGGAUGUAUUUUCUGCCUUUAUGAAACAGGCAGUGCGGAAGUUGGUGCGUCUUCUUGGUCCUGAAUGUGCCGCGGAAAUCGAUCAUACUCCACAACUGCGUUGCUUGGCACUUGUUGUGCGUAUGGCAUGUGCUAUAAGUCUGCGGGACACGGCUCAGGGUGGGGAUGCAUUCUUUGUGACCUUUUACGAGUGCACCGUGAGUGCACUACGCAGCUGGCGUCUUGGAAGCUCGGCGGGCGAGCAGCGUCACGUGCUUGGUCCGUGGAUGGUUGUUGUGCAGCACCUGUGCGGGUUUGUGGAGGAAAUUCACGAGAUCGUACGUUACUAUGCGAACUCAGAGCGUGUGCUUGAAGAACUGACAAUCCCCAACUCCCUCACGCGUUAUGCCGUGCAGGCGAUUAUGGCAUCUUGCUACUUUACCUCCUCGCCGCAGUCUCCCGUGGCACCUUUGGGCUCCGAUGCACAUGCAGACAUGGACAUGUGGAUCAAUUUUUGCGAUGCCAUGGACUGGAGUCACAACGAGUUGCCGUUGAAAAUGAUAGAGUCCGCCGCGGCAAAAAUUCUUGCCCACUCCAAAGAUGUGCUUAAACGCGGAGAGGCUCUUCUGUCCCUUAGACUGCUGGUGCUUCAGAAGGGUCUUGGGCUUCUCCAGACUCUCACGGAGGAGCUUCGGUUCUCUGGUGAUGAGGUCGACGUUGACGCUGCAUUUGCAGAGUUGUUUAGCCUCGCUGUGAUUGACCUGCAGCUGGAGGAUCCACGUGACGAGCAGUGGGGCCGCGCCAUGGCAUUCUUCGCCGAAUACCUGAGUGCAAACUCAGUGGAACAGUCAAAAUCUAACGAGGAGCUUCUUGCCGCGUGUAAAGGCACGCAUUUGUUGGUUCUACGAGCCAUGUUGCAGCUGUGCCAUGGCGCGGGCAGCGCCAUAUCGGAGGAGAGCGUCGAGCAACUCGCGAAGGCUCUUCAAUGGGCGAAGGCCCUUCAUGUUGGUCUGGAGCGCUCCACGCGCGAAAAGAAAACCUCUGUGUUGGUUCAUCCUUUUCAGAGCACACUGCUGGGGCAGCAACUGCGCUACCUUUGCUCUCAGGAGCUGUAG